AUGGGAUGUUCUCAUUCGAAAUUAGAUGAUGAUGAAGCUGUUCAGAUCUGUAAAGACAGGAAACGUUUCAUCAAACAAGCAGUGGAACAUAGGACUCAGUUUGCUUAUUGUCACAUUGCUUAUAUCCAGUCUCUGAGGAGAGUUUCAGAUGCUCUUCGUGAAUACAUCGAAGGAGACGAGCCACACGAGUUCUCGUUGGACACAUUCGUCACUCCAGUGAAGAGAAUUAACAGCUCAGGCCGCUUGAUCGAGACAUCUCCUUCUUCCAGAAUGAUUGAGAACAAGUCAGAGUCGAAAAUGGAAGUUAAUUACUUGAUGGCUAGUGGAACCAGACCCGUUCGGGUUGAAGAAAAGCCUCCUAGAUCACCUGAGACUUUCCAGGUUGAGACUUAUGGAGCAGAUAGUUUCUUCGGGAUGAACAUGAACCCGGUGAACUCGCCUGUGUGUCACAAUAUACCGCCUCCUUCGCCACAGAACUCUCAUUGGGAUUUCUUUUGGAAUCCAUUCUCUUCACUGGAUAAUUACGGAUACAGUUAUGAUAAUAGGAAUGGUAUGGACGAUGAGAUGAGACGGUUCAUGCGCGUUCGUGAGGAAGAAGGAAUUCCUGAUCUGGAAGAAGAUGAAUCUCCAAGGUUUGAGGAUCAUAACAUGAAAGCAACAGAAGAUUGUAAUGGAGGUAAAAUAAAUCAAGAAGAUAAAGUAGAAGAUGUAAAUGAGGACUCCACAGACAGUAGAUACGAGACUGAGAAUGAGAGGUACAUGAACUGCAUUGGAACUCAAGAACGGCAAAGUGUUGAGGUGUCCAGAGGAGGAAUUUCAGGGCAUGUAGUUACAACAGAUGAUGAUGCAAAAGGAGAGACACAUGGCUUCACUGUGUACUUGAAUCGAAGGCCAACGAGCAUGGGAGAAGUUAUUAAAGAUCUUGAAGAUCAGUUUGGGAUAAUAUGUACCGCUGCUAAAGAAGUAUCGGGUUUAUUGGAAGCUAGUCAAGCUCAAUACACAGCCUCUAAUGAGCUCAGUGCCAUGAAAAUGGUGAACCCAGUAGCUUUGUUCCGCUCAGGCGGCUCAUCAAGAUCUUCUUCCUCAUCAAAAUUCUUGAUCAGCUCUUCUGGAGGUUCUAGGGAGAGCAGAUUUGAGAGCUGCAGUGAUUUUUCUGAAGACUCUUGUAUGCUUUCAGGUAGCCAUCAAUCAACAUUGGGCCGACUAUACGCGUGGGAGAAAAAACUCUAUGAUGAAGUUAAGUCCGGAGAACGGGUACGGAUUGCCUAUGAGAAGAAAUGUUUGUUGCUGAGGAAUCAUGAUGUGAAAGGAGCCGACUCUUCCGCGGUUGAUAAAWCAAGMGCUACAAUAAGAGAUCUACACACUCAGAUAAAGGUUUUCAUACACUCCAUCGAGUCUAUCUCCGAAAGGAUUGAGACUCUUCGCGACCAAGAACUGCUUCCGCAGCUUCUUGAGCUUCUUCAAGGAUUAAGUCGGAUGUGGAAAGUGAUGGCAGAGUGUCACCAAAUACAGAAGCGAACACUGGACGAAGCCAAGCUAUUACUUGCAACCAUGCCUAUUAAACGUGACAAGAAGAGACAACAGACUUCACUACAUGAGAUCAACUCUCAGAGAUUAGCUCGAUCAGCUUUGAAUCUCGUGGCUCAGCUUCGAAACUGGAGAGCCUGCUUCCAAGCAUGGAUCACGUCCCAGAGAUCCUACAUGCUGUCUUUAACCGGCUGGUUACUCAGAUGUUUCAGAUGUGACCCUGACCCAGAGAAAGUCACCUUAUCUUCUUGUCCUCACCCGAUAUACGAAGUCUGCAUCCAGUGGUCAAGGUUGCUUAAUGGGUUGAAUGAGAAGCCAGUGCUAGACAAACUCGAUUUCUUUGCCUCUGGAAUGGGUUCAAUCUAUGCUCGUCAGCUUAGGGAAGAAAAUCCCUAUCAGGGAAGAAAUGGUUCGAGGACGGAGAGCAUGGAGAUUGUUGAAGCUGACAAGAUGGAAGAGGAGAAGAUGAUGAACGCUGAGAAAUUGGCUGAGGUUGCAAUUAAAGUACUCUGCCAUGGAAUGUCGGUUGCAGUGAGCUCACUCGCUGAAUUUUCCAUCAGCUCGGCUGAUGAACACUCAAAGCUCGUUAGCCAUCCAGAGGACGCCAAGCCAAUGCAGCAUCCGGAGCAAACCGGGAUGUAA